UUUCUCUGCUCCCACCUUCCCUCUUUCCCACUACAAAUUUUUAGACACUGCCAUUCACAGGCAGAGAGAAGAGAACACACAGAGCUCUCUCUCUCUCCCUCUCUCUCUCACUCACUCACUCACUCACUCUCAAAAGGGUUCUUAGAUUCUCCUCCAUCGCUUCAACUUCUCAUCCCACAAAUUUUUAGUAGUGUUUGAAGUGACAGAAAAAGCUUUUUAGUGUUUUGGGAUUGUUUUUGGAGGGACAAGAAUGAGAUGGCUACCACUACAAAGUUCAUCAAAUGCGUUACAGUAGGAGAUGGAGCUGUUGGGAAGACUUGCCUUCUCAUCUCCUACACCAGCAACACUUUCCCAACUGAUUAUGUUCCAACUGUUUUUGACAACUUCAGUGCCAAUGUCAUGGUUGAUGGACAAACUGUAAAUCUGGGUCUCUGGGAUACUGCUGGUCAAGAAGACUAUAACAGACUGAGGCCUCUUAGUUAUAGAGGAGCUGAUGUUUUCCUCCUUGCCUUUUCUCUAAUAAGUAGGCCUAGCUUUGAGAAUAUAUCAAAGAAAUGGGUCCCUGAGCUAAGACAUUAUGCUCCAUCAGUGCCCAUUGUUCUAGUGGGGACCAAACUUGAUUUGAGAGAAGACAAGCAGUUCCAGAUUGAUUAUCCCGGUGCAUGUACAAUUUCUACAGCACAGGGUGAAGAACUAAAGAAGCAAAUAGGAGCCGUGGCAUAUGUAGAGUGCAGCUCCAAGACGCAGCAGAAUGUGAAGGCUGUCUUUGAUGUCGCAAUCAAGGUGGUUCUACAGCCUCCAAAACCAAAGAGAAAGAAGAGGAAACAGAGAGCCUGCAGUAUACUUUAACUGUAUUAACUAAUGUGAUAAUGAUGAUGCUCUAUUCAUGAUGAAGAUGGACUCCCUUUUCCUUCUCUCUAUCUGAAGAUGUUUCCUGUCCAUUUUUUUCCCUUUUUUGUCGAAUAUGAGUGGGGUUUUUUUUAAAUUUUUUUUUUUGAUUUUUGAUUUUUGAUUUUGUUUUGUGGGAUGUAAUAUACCAGUUUGCCUUGUGUUAUUUUGUAUAUUUAACAAGGUUGAUUUAUCUGUCAAUUGCAUUUGGUCAUGUUUGUUCAUGUUUA